AACCCAGGUCUUCAGGCGGGGGACCAUUCUGCUGAGGGUGCCAGCCGGGUUUUACCAACCUACAGCCCCAAAGUUGCCCUGGAGCCUAAGGGUACAGGGCGCGCCCGCGGCGACGCGACUCCAAGGUCGCCGUUUGGCCUCGCCCACCUUCGCGCCCUAGGGCCCCCGCAGCUGGCCAAUCGCAGCCUCCCCCGGGCCGCGGGGCGGGCUCCCCUCCCCACCUCCGCCACUGCCCCGCGCCCCCCCUCCCCGCCGGCCCCUCCCACCCUCGCAGACAGUGCACGCCGCGCCCGCACACGCAGGCUUCCAGAACCCAGCCUCUGCGAGCCCGCUCGGGGCACUCAGCUCUCCACCGCCUCGCUCCCCGCGCCCUUUCCGAAAAGGGGCUUCUGGCCCUGGGCCCUGGGGCCGAGGACGGCGGUGGCCCUCGAACUUCAUUUUCAAAGGCGCCGCUGGGUGAGAAGCCCGAGCGAGGCGAGCAAUGGAUCCCGUGAGCCAGCUGGCGUCAGCAGGUACCUUCCGGGCGCUGAAGGAGCCCCUUGCCUUCUUGCGAGCCCUAGAAUUGGUUGUUUAGCAGCAUCCCUGGCUUCAACUCACAGCUGCCAGUUGCACCUUCCCUUACCACCACUUCCAAAAAUGUUUGCAGACAUGACCGGGGCCCCCAGGGAGACAAAAUCAUCUUUGACUGAGAAUCACUGCGUUACACUUUUUGCAAUCUUUGCAUUUGCAACAUGCGGUGGUUAUUCUGGAGGCCUGCGGCUGAGUGUGGACUGUGCCAACAAGACGGAAAGUGACCUCAGCAUUGACGUGGCGUUUGCCUACCCAUUCAGGUUACACCAGGUGACCUUUGAGGUGCCCACCUGCGAGGGGAAGGAGCGACAGAAGGUGUCCCUGAUUGGUGACUCCUCGUCCUCGGCAGAGUUCUUUGUCACCGUCGCCGUCUUCGCCUUCCUCUACUCCUUGGCCGCCACUGUCGUUUACAUUUUCUUCCAGAACAAGUAUCGAGAGAACAACCGGGGUCCACUCAUCGACUUCAUCGUCACUGUAGUCUUUUCGUUCUUGUGGUUGGUGGGUUCAUCAGCUUGGGCAAAAGGACUGUCUGAUGUCAAGGUCGCUACAGAUCCCAAAGAAGUAUUGUUACUGAUGUCAGCUUGCAAACAGCCAUCCAACAAAUGCACAGCUGUCCACAGUCCUGUGAUGUCCAGCCUAAACACUUCUGUGGUCUUUGGAUUCUUGAACUUUAUCCUCUGGGCUGGAAACAUCUGGUUUGUUUUCAAGGAGACCGGCUGGCAUUCCUCGAGCCAGAGAUAUCUUUCAGACCCCAUGGAGAAGCACUCCAGUAGCUACAACCGAGGCGGGUACAACCAAGACAGCUAUGGGUCGAGCAGUGGGUACAACCAGCAGGCGAGUUUGGGGCCAUCCUCAGAUGAAUUUGGCCAACAGUCUGCUGCCCCUGCUUCUUUUACCAAUCAGAUGUAACAGGGUAGUUUUGGCAUUCGUCUGAAGAUUGUUUCUCCCCAUUCUAUGCCAGUGGCAGGAGAAUUUUUUAAGAGUUUCAAUCAAUUAUUAAUGUGGAGAGUGUUGAAUGUAAAUCAGAGAUCUGUCGUCCUCAUUAAAGCAGAAAGGCCUGGGUCGUGAUAAAUGGUACUUAAAGAUGACAUGAGAAGAUAUAUUAUUCAUUACAGAUGGCUAAUUGGAGAGUACCUUGUUAUAUACACAUACUUUUAUGGUUGUUUUGUAUGCGUGUUGAGAUAGUGGAACCAUUUUGUAGCUUAAAGUCUCUAGUAUGUAAUAUGCAUAAAGUAAAUUAAAUAGCAUUGAAUUUUCUUAUGCUUUUUGAUGUGAAAAAUGUUUUAAUGAUUUCUCUAAGACAAUUUGGUGCAUCACAAUGUGCAUGUAUUAUUAUUUUUUAGUUGCAGGCCCUGUAGGAUUGUGAAGUCUCUAAGUAUUGGUUUCAGACAAUUAUUCUGUAUUUUUUUUAAUUUGAUGAAUCAAUGCUCAUAUGAUUUAGUGCAUGAAAGCAUUUUCUUACAAAAUGAACAUUUGAACUGUAUGAAAAUUUUCCAGUUUGCAUCACGAAUUUGUUAAAUGGACGUUUAAAGAAAUAUAUUCACUACAUUGUAUAUUUGCAGGUUUGUCUCUCUGGGUUUAUCUAACCCUGAAUUCAUUGUGAGUAAGGUUUGGAGUUUUUUUCCUCUGUGAUUAGCAGAUAUUCAAUGUUGUAGAUGAUGACUGCCUGACAUUUAUUCUAUUUAGUUAGCUAAAUAUUUACAUUCUUGUAACUUUCUAUGGUGUUUUGUGGCUUUUAUUCUAUGGGCCAUGAACAAUGGGCCCACUAGCUGUGAGUGUUGGUGGAGUGCUGUUUCCUUAGAAUGAUGGAGAUGUGGGUGUCAGACACCACAGUCAAGAUAUUGUGCUGACAUAUUAGUUUAUCAAGGAUAUUCUGGAGAACGUAGAACACGAGCUAAAUGUUUAAAUCCUACUUAUUUGUAAAGUUAAUUAAGUCCUAGAUCCAAUUACUAAGAAUUCUCAAGUCUCAGCUCAACUUACAAAGUCUGAUUUGUAUGUUACCCAUAAAUUAAAAAUGACUUCCACGAAGCAGUCUGUCAUCUCAUUAAAUAUUCUGCAGGAUGUAUGCAUUAUCAAUCUUUGCCUCUUUGUUUUAACUCAUUGGAAACACCAAGGCCCCACAGUGAAGGCAAGCUGAGCAUCUGUAUCUCCAGAUGAAAGUCGUUAUUGAUGUAUAAACUCAUUGUGUGAUCUGUGAUGUUGGAAACAUUUUAGUCCAAAAGAGCCGUGUGUCCUAGAUGAUAUCUGUAAACUGUUUCUGGAUCCUGUUGGAUAAAUCUGUAUGUGAUAUCUCUUUGACCUUAAUAAAGUUAUUGCAUACAAUGCUGGCUGGAAAA